AUGGCUUGUUGCUGUUGCGGAUGGUUUUGGAUCGUUGUGGCUGUCAUGUCAGUGCUCUCGUACCUAUUAAUGCCGUCACUCUACAAAAAUAUCUACCGUGCGAUGAUCGCCAAUUUCGGGCCACUCGGAUGGCUAAAGCGGAAAGAUGUCACCGGAAAAAUCGUUUUGAUCACUGGAGCCGCGAAUGGAAUCGGCCGCUUGAUGGCACUGCGUUUCGCCGCCUUGCGCGUCAAGCUUGUGCUCUGGGACAUUGAUGAAAAAGCUUUACAACAAACAGCCAAGGAGUGCGAGCAACUCGGAGCAGAAAGCGUCUUCGUCCAGAAAAUCGACUUAUCCGCCCGGGAAAACAUCUACCAAGCAGCGGAUUUGGUGAAAUCAAAGGUCGGACAUGUCGAUAUUCUUAUUAACAAUGCCGGCAUCGCGAAGGGUGGACUGUUCAUGGAAAAAGACGAUCAAUGGAUCGAGGCAUCGAUGAGAAUCAACGCAAUUUCACAUUUAUGGAUGGCGAAAGCUUUCCUCGGGCACAUGAUCGAAACAGACAGCGGUCAUAUCGUUUGCAUUGCGUCAGUUGCCGGUUUGUAUGGAGCGAAAACUCUGGUCGACUACAGCGCUUCGAAAUUCGCAGCCGUCGGUUUCCAAGAAGCCAUCGAGAAUGAGGUCUACUACCUCAACAAGCGUCACGUGCAGUUCACCACCGUGUGCCCAUUCUACAUUCAGACGCGAAUGCUUGACGGGAUCCCAAUCCCGGAAAGCUUAAACAAAGAUGUGCUCUCGCCCGAAAGUGUUGUCGAUCAAAUCAUGGACGCGAUUCUCACCGAUCAACGCAUGGUGAUCAUUCCGCCGAAAGUGCGCUUUCUGCUCUCCCUGAAGCCCUGGCUUCCCCGGCGUUCCUUCCAGCAGUUCUCGCUUCGACAACACAAA